CGUUUAUACUGUAUUAUAAGCCAUAGUGAUCAAUAUUCAACAUCCAUAGAACACCAUCCCAUAGUGGUAGAGCUUAGAUAUCAUAGACAAAAGAUCCCGCCGUUGUCAUGGAGAUCCUAAUGAUUGGCAGCUAGUCCCGCCCUUCGCAGCGUGUUCCCUGCUAGGAGAAAAUCAUCGAUAUAAAAUAUGGUGUGUCCCGGGAGCAGGAUCAUAAGGGACUUCUGGAACGCUAGGAGUGAACACUAAUAAUUCGUUUACAAUAAACCCACAAUACAGCAAUAUACUAUAAAUUGGAAUAUUCAAAAUGUGCAUUCUUAAGACUCAAUUCGGAGAUGAGAUUCGUAUAUAUUAACAAAGUCAACAUAUGAACGUCGUAUAGUUUGAGAAAUACCAUUUAUCAGAAUUAUUUCGAUUGAAUUGGAGGUAUCGAUGAACAGUUAGAAUAGAAAGAUCCGAUUAGUAAUACCGAGGCCGAAUACAAUUUAAGAAAGGGAGUAGUGUAGCCGCAGUUAAAGAUUCGUACUCAAAGAUGCACGACCAAAAGUUUAUGCAAUGUGCUGGAUGCGAGGACCCAAUUCUUGACAGAUUUUUAAUGAAUGUGCUUGAAAGGACUUGGCAUGCGAAGUGCGUACGUUGUUCAGAUUGCACCGCUGCCCUUACGGACAAAUGUUACGUUAGAGACGGCAAAUUGUUUUGUCGUGAAGACUUUUUCAGACGAUAUGGUACUAAGUGCAGUGGUUGUUCCUCAGGAAUAUCUCCAAAUGAUUUGGUACGCCGGGCUAGGAACAGAGUUUACCAUCUGAAAUGCUUCACGUGUAUGGUGUGUAGAAAACAGAUCUCAACGGGAGAAGAACUCUACGUACUAGAUGAGAAUAGAUUCAUUUGUAAAGAAGAUUAUCUGAAAAGUACAUAUGCAGGGUCUGAUAACGAAGACAACACAAACGAUGACGUUAACAGUGUAAACGCUUAUCCAACUAUCGCCACGCCACCAAUGGAAAAUGUAUCACAAACAAAAGAAGUUAUUUCAUCGGCGGACGAACUUACUAAAGACUCUACUGAAAUAGAAAACAACAAUAAUAUCCCUGAUGAUGAAUUGACGAUAAAGGAAGAAGAUGAUAUCGAUGCCGAUAGCACCAUUGCUGGGGAAGGUCAGGAUAACUCUGCAGGAGGGAAGCGCAGAGGGCCGAGAACAACGAUUAAAGCAAAGCAGCUUGAAACCCUUAAAUCAGCAUUCACUGCCACGCCUAAGCCAACACGUCACAUACGCGAGCAGUUGGCGAAAGAAACAGGUCUUUCGAUGAGAGUUAUACAAGUUUGGUUCCAAAAUAGAAGAUCUAAGGAACGAAGAAUGAAACAACUAAGUGCUAUGGGUUCACGAAGACAUUUUUUCCGCAAUCCACGGAGGAUGCGUGCGCUUCGGACAGGAUUAUCACCCACCGAAUUCGGUGACAGUCCCGACAUGAUGGAUUACAACUACUACCCAGAAAACGCAAGAGAAGAGAUGUACGCAAACUAUCCCCCGGGUGGCUAUGAAUAUUUCCCAGGUCAGCAAGGAGACCACAGUUCAAUGAACUUCAUGCCAGAGUCCGGGGCUCCUGUUACAAUGAUGGACAGUAGAGCAAUGCACCCUGCUACAGGUCCGCCAAUGGGCAACACAGCUUAUAACCAGGAUAUUCUUCCGCCUCAAACCUCUUCCCCCAGCUGCAGUCCGGAUCCCGCGAUGCACGAAAAUUUGAACGAGAGUAUGACAUAUGAGAACAAUAUUCUUGGAAAUGACUACGGUCAUCCGCAGCCUCCCCAAGAAUUACCACCUCAAGAAGCCUGGCGAUAGUUUUAUGUCAUAUCUUAACGUUUCUAUGAAUUGACUAGACCACAAUAAAGGUCUCCUUGAAUUACUUUGUUCUUGAUUCGAGAACUCCAAGAAGCAGUGGGGCCCAGGAUUACGACAAUCUGUUCAUUUUAUUACAAUAGAAUAAAUGCGAGGGGUAGCCAUAAACCGAGCAUGUGUAAGCCUACGAGGUAUGACAAUUGUGUACUUUCCUUAGAUAACUGAUUUACUGUGCCCAUGGCCAUUAUCCCACCGGAAUAGCCUGACAACGGUAAAGUCAGAUACCGUUGUCACAAAUGGCGGACAUAACCGUCGCUUCAAUUAGAUUUUCAUGAACAACAAUCAAUCAAAGUGUCUUUAUACUCAUUGAACAGGUA